AGAGAGAGAUUGGGAGAGAGAGAGAGAGAGAGAGAGAGAGAGAGAGAGAGAGAGAGAGAGAGAGAGAGAGAGAGAGAGAGAGAGAGGAGAGAGAGAGAGAAGGGAGAGGGAGAGGGAGAGGGAGAGGGAGAGGGAGAGGGAGAGGGAGAGGGAGAGGGAGAGGGAGAGGGAGAGGGAGAGGGAGAGGGAGAGGGAGAGGGAGAGGGAGAGGGAGAGGGAGAGGGAGAGGGAGAGGGAGAGGGAGAGGGAGAGGGAGAGGGAGAGGGAGAGGGAGAGGGAGAGGGAGAGGGAGAGGGAGAGGGAGAGGGAGAGGGAGAGGGAGAGGGAGAGGGAGAGGGAGAGGGAGAGGGAGAGGGAGAGGGAGAGGGAGAGGGAGAGGGAGAGGGAGAGGGAGAGGGAGAGGGAGAGGGAGAGGGAGAGGGAGAGGGAGAGGGAGAGGGAGAGGGAGAGGGAGAGGGAGAGGGAGAGGGAGAGGGAGAGGGAGAGGGAGAGGGAGAGGGAGAGGGAGAGGGAGAGGGAGAGGGAGAGGGAGAGGGAGAGGGAGAGGGAGAGGGAGAGGGAGAGGGAGAGGGAGAGGGAGAGGGAGAGGGAGAGGGAGAGGGAGAGGGAGAGGGAGAGGGAGAGGGAGAGGGAGAGGGAGAGGGAGAGGGAGAGGGAGAGGGAGAGGGAGAGGGAGAGGGAGAGGGAGAGGGAGAGGGAGAGGGAGAGGGAGAGGGAGAGGGAGAGGGAGAGGGAGAGGGAGAGGGAGAGGGAGAGGGAGAGGGAGAGGGAGAGGGAGAGGGAGAGGGAGAGGGAGAGGGAGAGGGAGAGGGAGAGGGAGAGGGAGAGGGAGAGGGAGAGGGAGAGGGAGAGGGAGAGGGAGAGGGAGAGGGAGAGGGAGAGGGAGAGGGAGAGGGAGAGGGAGAGGGAGAGGGAGAGGGAGAGGGAGAGGGAGAGGGAGAGGGAGAGGGAGAGGGAGAGGGAGAGGGAGAGGGAGAGGGAGAGGGAGAGGGAGAGGGAGAGGGAGAGGGAGAGGGAGAGGGAGAGGGAGAGGGAGAGGGAGAGGGAGAGGGAGAGGGAGAGGGAGAGGGAGAGGAGGAUGAGGGUGAGGAUGAAGGCGAGGGUGAGGAUGAAAAUGAGGGUGAGGAUGAAGGCGAGGGUGAGGGUGAGGAUGAAGAUGAGGGUGAGGAUGAGGAUGAGGCUGAAGGCGAGGAUGAGACUGAGGGUGAGGAUGAAGGCGAGGAU